AUGAUUGGAACAUCUACUCUUGAGUACUUAUUUAUUCGGAUUUGCAUUCUCUUUCUUCACAGCAUUGUGCCAGUCAGUACUUUGUACAGCGUUCAUUAUGUCGUUGUUCAAAUUUUUCACCUGCCAACACACUUUGGACACAUACCUUACCCUAUUCAAAUCUGGCUCACUGCGGAGGCAGUUUUUUUCACCACUGUGACCGUACCGCUCAAGUUCGCCCUCUCGCAUUCUCCUAUCUGCCAUAGAUCUUUAUCCGCUGAGCGCAGAGAGAGGUUGUUUCAAAAUUGCAAUGCGAAUGUGCCAAACCUGGAGAAAUAUCUCAGCCGAUGGCUUAUGGUCUCCGGACCUGAAUUUAUCAAACGCGAUAACGUGAAAGACUUUAUCAGAUGGUCUUUAUUCGGACCUGAAUAUUCCUGGCUGCAACACCAGGAGAAUGAGGGGGAAAUCGAGGCCUAUACAAGAGAAAUUGAGAAGUUGAUUGGAGGGAAAUUGUCACCUGGAAGUAUGGAUGUGAAAGGCCUAGGACGGCUUUUAAAUGAAGCUGGGGGUUCAAAUCGAAGUCUGCUAUGGUACACUUGCGUGUUUAUGGUUGACACGGCAAUGUACUGCAAGAUGUUGCACAAUGGAUUCUAUUUCCAUCGCAAUUCGCUGUCGCAAUUCUUCACCGUGUUUCCAUUUCGCCCUCUCACGAUACUCACCGCCUACCGAUCACCGGUGCGUCAUCUCACAUACUGGCAUCGACAGCAUACAUCCAAAAAACGGCUACCCGUGCUAUUCAUACACGGUAUCGGUAUUGGCUUGUACCCUUAUACGAGCUUCCUCCGAGACCUCAAACGUGAACUAGAGAUGGAAGGGACAGACGAUGGCGAAGUUGGCAUCAUCGCACUUGAGAUCAUGCCGGUAAGCUCUCGGAUAACUCAUACUGCUCUCGAAAAUGAGGUGAUGAUCUGUGAGAUCAUGGAGAUCAUGCGUUAUCAUGAGUGGACCAAGUUCGUGCUUGUGUCUCAUUCUUAUGGAUCCAUAAUUGCUGCACACCUUCUCAAGUCCGAUGAGUUUGGUCCGUUUAUCGGGCCUACAGUGUUUCUUGAUCCGGUGUCAUUCCUCCUUCACCUGCCUGACGUGGCAUACAACUUCAUAGCCCGCCGGCCAGCCCGAGCCAAUGAAUACCAACUUUGGUAUUUUGGAAGUAAAGAUAUAGGAGUUGCGCAUACGUUGGCAAGGAGAUUUUCCUGGAUUGACAAUAUUCUUUGGAAGGAGGACCUCGGCUUGAAGGCCGAAAACAACCAGGGGGGUAGAAAUGUUACAGUUGUUCUAAGUGGUAAAGACUUGAUUGUGGAUACCGAAACAGUGGGGCAGUACUUGAUGAGUCGUUCAUCAGAAGUCAAGACGCCCGAGAAAGAAGCAUCACGGGCAUGGAAAAACAAGCCCUGGUCAGGAUACGGGCUUGAUCUGCUGUGGUUUGGACAGUUAGAUCAUGCUCAGGUUUUUGAUUCUGAAAUAACUAGAGGGCCGGUCAUUAAAGCGAUCUCUGUGUAUUCAAACACAGGCUGA